AUGAACAACAAAGAAAAGCUUGUGGUAGAGGUAGUUGCAGCGCACAACUUGAUGCCCAAAGAUGGUGAGGGCUCGUCAUCACCGUUUGUAGAGGUGGAAUUUGAGAACCAGAGACAAAGAACCCAAGUGAAGUACAGAGACCUCAACCCAGUUUGGAACGAAAAGCUCGUCUUCCAUGUAAACGACGUCGCAGAUAUUCCUUACAGGACCAUAGAAGUGAACGUGUUCAAUGAGAAAAGGUCCAACAACAGCCGAAACUUUCUGGGUAAAGUUAGGGUCUCUGGUUCAAGCAUUGCCAGAGAAGGAGAAGAGAUGGCACAACUCCAUACCCUUGAUAAAAGAAGCUUGUUCUCUCAUGUACGUGGAGAGAUAAGCUUGAAGCUUUACUUAUCAACGAGAGAAGAAGUGAAACAAGUCAUCAAUGGUGGUGGUGGGGUGGUCUCUGGUUCAUCUUCAUCGGCUUUUUCGAAGAAAAACAAGAAGUUACAGCAACAAGGGACUAACAUGGUCGUGCAACAGUUGGGACAAGACAACAAGCUAAACCUCCAAAACCAAAGCCACCCAAAACAUGUAGAACCUAGCCCUGGUGAUAUAAAGCCUGUUGUUAUCACAACAGUUCCUGGUCCGGCUAUCCCCGCCGUCAGUGCCGGCGGCACAGGCGGUGGUCAUGGUGGUGGAGUUGUUCUGUACCCAAAUCGGUCAAGCGAGUACUCCCUUAAAGAAACAAGUCCUCACCUCGGUGGUGGUCCUCUAAACAAGGACAAAACAAGCUCAACCUAUGACCUUGUUGAGCAAAUGCAAUAUCUCUAUUGUCGGGUUGUGAAAGCCCGUGAAAUUUCAGUUUUUGGUGGUGGUGAAGUGGUGGCAGAGGUGAAACUUGGGAACUACAGAGGAGUUACAAAGCGAAUGUCCACAAACAAUCCCGAUUGGGACCAAGUUUUCGCUUUUUCAAAAGAUUGUAUACAAUCUUCAGUGGUUGAAGUCUUUGUUAAAGAAAACAACAAAGAUGAGUUCUUGGGCCGUGUUUGGUUUGAUUUAAGUGAAGUCCCCAAAAGGGUCCCACCAGAUAGUCAGUUAGCCCCACAGUGGUAUAGAAUGGAGGACAAGAAAGGAGAGAAGGCGAAAGGUGGUGAAUUAAUGGUGUCAAUAUGGUUUGGGACUCAGGCUGAUGAAGCAUUUUCUGAGGCGUGGCAUUCUAAAGCAGCCAAUGUGCAUUUAGAUGGGUUGUGUUCGAUUCAAUCCAAAGUUUAUCUCUCUCCAAAGCUUUGGUACUUAAGAGUGACUGUCAUUGAAGCUCAAGACAUUGUUGUUUUGGGCGAAAAAGGGUCUUCAAUGAUGAGGUACCCGGAGCUCAUGGUGAAAGUUCAAGUUGGGAACCAAGUUUUGAGAACUAGAAUUGCUCCGGCGACGGCUAACCGGAGCCUUUCCAACCCUUUUUGGAAUGAAGAUUUGAUAUUUGUAGUGCCUGAACCAUUUGAAGACUAUGUGUUGGUGUCUGUGGAGGAUCGAAUUGCUCCGACCAGAGAUGAGGUUGUGGGGAGGGUUCUUCUUCCGGUGAUGACUAUUGAACGGAGAUUAGACGAAAAGCCGGUUGGUUCUAGGUGGUUUAACCUGGACAUUCACUUCAACAACCCGAAUGAGUCGAAAACUGUGGUGAGAUUUGCUUCUCGGAUACAUCUCCGAGCCUCUCUUGAUGGGGGUUAUCAUGUUCUUGAUGAGGCCACAAUGUAUAGCAGCGACGUCCGACCGACGGCCAAACAACUUUGGAAGCCCCACAUUGGUGUUCUUGAAGUCGGUGUUUUGGGUGCUUCCAAUCUUAUGCCUAUGAAGAUGAAAGAAGGCAAAGGAGGCUCCACUGAUGCCUAUUGUGUGGCUAAGUAUGGUCAGAAAUGGGUUCGGACUCGGACUGUUGUAGAUAGUUUGGCUCCGAAAUGGAAUGAGCAGUAUACUUGGGAAGUUUCUGAUCCGUGCACAGUGAUAACAAUUGGGGUGUUUGAUAAUAGCCGGGUUGAUAAGAACACGGGUGGUCCAGGACCAGGGGCUCGAGAUUCGCGAAUUGGGAAGGUUAGAAUUAGGCUAUCGACUCUUGAAUGUGAUAGAGUCUACACUCAUGCUUACCCAUUGCUUAUGCUGCAUUCAUCUGGGGUGAAGAAGAUGGGGGAGCUUCAUUUAGCGGUCCGAUUUUCGUGUGCUAAUAUGCUCAAUGUGCUUCAUACUUACACAUUGCCUUUGCUGCCAAAGAUGCAUUAUGUGCACCCUCUAUCUGUGAAUCAAUUAGAUAGCUUGAGGUACCAAGCUAUGAAUGUGGUGGCAACGAGGCUCAAUCGAGCAGAGCCACCACUCGGGCGAGAAGUGGUUGAGUACAUGCUUGAUCAUGACUCUCACAUGUGGAGCAUGAGAAAGAGCAAGGCCAAUUUCUUUAGGCUCACCAAUGUUCUAGCCUGGGUUGUUGGGAUGACUCGAAUUCUCGAGUCUCUGCGCAAUUGGCAUAAGCCAGUGUACUCGGCCUUGUUUCUCAUCGUUUUCAUUGUUCUUGUGUUGGUGCCAGAGCUUAUAAUCCCUUGUGUAUUGCUUGCAUUGGCAGCUGUGGGGCUUUGGCGAUAUAGGUCCCGGCCACGCCACCCACCUCACAUGGACACUAGACUUUCCUAUGCAGAAAGUGUUCACCCUGAUGAAUUGGAUGAGGAAUUUGAUUCAUUCCCAACAAGUCGUAGCGCAGAGAUUGUUCGGAUAAGGUAUGAUCGGCUGAGGAGCGUGUCGGGGAGGAUUCAGACGGUGGUUGGGGAUAUGGCUACUCAGGGUGAGAGAUUUCAAGCACUGCUAAGUUGGCGCGACCCUAGAGCAACCUUCUUGUUUGUGAUACUUUGCUUAUUUGCUGCGUUUGGAUUCUAUUUGGUGCCAUUUAGGUGGGUUGUGGCUCUUUGGGGUUUGUAUUAUUUGAGGCCACCCAGGUUCAGGAACAAGUUGCCUUCAAAAGCUGUUAGUUUCUUCAAGAGACUGCCUACAAGGGCUGAUAGUAUGUUGUAG